AUGGUAUUUGUAAAAUCAGUUGAUGCCUCAAAGAUUGUGAAGAGUACCAGAAACUUGUUUAAAUUGUUUGAUGAAAUAGUUACAUGGGUUGGUCCAAAAAACAUAGUUCACAUGGUUACUGAUAAUGCUUCCAAUUAUGAAUUUGCUAGUAAAUUGUUAUGUGAAAAGUAUAAAACUAUUAGUUGGUCUCCUUGUGCAGUACAUUGCCUGAAUCUUGUGCUGCAAGAUAUGAGAGACAUGCCUUAUAUGGAUAGUCUCAAAAAACGUGCAUCCAAAGUUACAGUUUUUAUUUAUAAUCAUGUGGCUUUGAUUGCUUGGUUGAGGAAUAAACCUGGUUCGACAGAUAUUGUACGUCCGGGAGCAACAAGAUUUGCUACUACUUUCCUUUCAUUUGGAAGCAUUCAUGUGCAUAAGCAUGACUUGCAAGCCUUAGUGACUAGCAAGUUCUUUAUAGACAAUAGAUUGGCAAGAGAGUCAAAGGCAAAAGAAGCAGUUUCUAUCAUCUUGGAUAAUUCUUUUUGGGAUGAUAUUAAUGUUCUUGUCAAGAUUUCAUCGCCACUUAUUUGUUUGUUACGGAUUGUUGAUUCUGAUCAAAGGCUUGCAAUAGGAUAUGUGUAUGAGGGCAUGUAUAGAGCACGAUUGGGAAUCAACAAGAUCUUCCGAAUGAGAAAGCACUCGUACAAGCCAUACACCUCAAUUAUAAAAAACUGUUGGGACAAACAUUUGCGUAAAGAUCUUCAUGCUGCUGCAUAUUGGUUAAAUCUCGCUUUUCAAUAUGAUGAGGAGAAUUUUUUGUCGGAAACCAGCAGUAAAUAUGGCUGUUUUGGACUACAUUGGGAAAAAAUAUGA